CACAGGAAGCGCAGGCGGAGCGCGUUUCCACGGGGCGCGGAGCACCAGCCGAGCGCCGAGGAUGCGUGCCCUGCCAGCCCUGGACGCGCCCCACAACGAGCGACUGCUGACCCGGCACCCCGAGGCCCCCAGGGUCCGGGACGCGGUGGUGCCAGCACGCAGGAGCGCGGUGGAGAGGCUAGCGGCCGACCGCGCCAAGUACGUGCGGGGCCCGCCGGGAGCCGGCCCGGGCCCGGCUCCCGAGGGCAGCAGCCCCGGGGUGAGCGAAGGGACCGCGGGCGAUCCUCGGCCUCCGGCUCGCGUCCCCGGUGCCGUGGCGCGCAGGGCCAUAGCUCGGAAGCCGCUGAGACCUGACUCCCUGGUCAUCUACCGGCAGAAAUGCGACUUCGUCCGAGGACAGGGCGCCGACAGCUCCAGGGGGGGCCUGGUGAAGAAGCUCUUCCAGGGGCCGGGCAAGGACAAGACGCCGGUGCCCCCGGAGACGUCCCGGGUGGGAGAGGAGGUCAGGGCCAGGCGCGAGGAGGCUGUCCUGACCAAGCCCGGCCCUACUGCGGCCUCCGCGGUCCCCGGCGUUCCCGCGCCCCCAGCGCGCGCAGCGCCCUGUGGGACGCCCACCAGAGUCCCGGCUGCGUCCCGGGUCCCGGAGCUGCGAGGGACAAGGCGCGGGGGGCUGCAGCGAUCGCAGUCAGACCUCAGCUCCCGCUACUCAGCGUCCUUGGCCGAAUGUGACACCUUCUUCCAGUUCUGCGGCCUGGAGCCUGAGGUGGUGGAAGAUCUCGGGAGGGAGAAUUUCUCCGCGGGGUCGGACCGCGUCACACUCAAGGUCCGCAGCGUGAGCGUCGCCACCUCUGACAGCGGCUUCUCCCGGCACAGCGGCGGCGAAGAGGGACUGCAGGAGGAAGAACUGACCGAGCAGGUGCCCAGCACCACCUCGGUCAUCGAGAGGAACGCCCGCAUCAUCAAGUGGCUGUACACCUGUAAGAAAGCCAAGGAGAAGACCGGCCAGGGGCUGCAAGGCCCGGCGUGACCGCUCGCGCUCUGGGGAGACUUGGACCCUAGGAAGCAAGGCUUCCAGACUGUGGGGGCUCCUUGAAGUAUGUCCUGGAUGAUUGGGGACCCCAGGGCCAUCCUCAGUGCCACAGGAUUUGUCCAGUGCACCCAGGUGACCACAUGUUUGCUGUUUUCCCAGGAAUAAAGCACUCUAUUGAAGAAGCGUACAUAA